AUGAGUGAGAAUGAGAAACUUCAUAAAUAAAAUGAAUCUUUGAUGAAAGAAUUGAGUCUAAUUAAAAAUGAUUUUGAAAGGAUGUCAUAAAAUGGUUAAAAGACUGUAAAGAAUGGACGUAGAAAGAGUUGUGAAAUCACAGGUGAAAUGGUCACUUAGUAAUAAAUUAAAUCUCUCGAAGAAGAACUACAAAAUUCAUAAUUGAGAUUCAACACUUUGAAGAAGGAAUUCUCAAUCAAGACUACUCAAUAUUAAAAUUAAAUAACGAAAUAGGCAAAUCUAAUUACUUAGCUAUAAAAUGAAAAUGAGACGUUGAAAAUUAAGGUUGAAAACAAAGAAAAUUAAUUCUAUGAGUUUAAGUAAUCUUACUAAGAGAAUUAUUUAGAAAAGUCAGGUAUCAAAAUUAUGAAUGAAAAUCAAAAAAUUAAAUAAUUAUCUGAAAGCAACAUCAAGUUGACAAAAUUGCUUGAAGACAGGCUGAUUUAAUUAGAAUAGUUAACUAAAACACUAAAUUAAAAGAAUUAGGAGCACAUGAAAGAAAUUGAAAAAUAUGAAGUCUUACUUAAAGAAAAAGCUCAUCAUUCUACUUUAUCAUAAGGAAAAAGUUUUGAAUCCUUAUAAAAAAAGAUAGAUCUUCUCGAAAAAGAUAAAAUUCGAUUAACCAGUGAAUUAACUAAAAAUAGAGAUUUAAAUACAAAGGAGAAAUAGAUGUUGAUGAAAGAAAAACAAAACUUAAAUUUAGAAAAAGAGAAAUUGCACUCAGACAUGUCAAUUAUUCAGCAAUAAUUAACUGAUUAUUAUAAUUAAUUACAAUAAUGUGGAUAGUAACUAAAGUAAAAGGACGAAAACAUUAAAUAGUUUUAAUAAUCUGAGAGCUUCUAAGGAUACUAAAAUUUAUAAUAUGAAAACUAACAAUAAAAGUCAUUGAUUACUCAAUUGCAAGUACAGAUAGGAAAUCUUCAAUAAACCAAUAAAGCUCUACAAGAAGAACUAUUGUUUUUAAAGACUACAGCCCCAUUAAGCAAUAGGACAAAUCUAAAGACUUACUUUGGAUUAGAUUCUCCAUUCAGAAAUAUUGCAGAUGAAUAAACUAAAUAUAAUGUCACUUUAAAAACAAGAACUUAGAGUUCAUUAGAUAAGAGAGGCAGAUCAUAGGACAUGUAUAAAAGGAUAGAAUGA